CCGCCUUCCCCCUUUAACAUCUAUGGGACAGCUCUUUUUCGGUAACAUAUGUGCAGAUUACGUACACUCUUCGCCAGUGUAUUCCAGUUAUUGGAGUACGUUUAAAGUUAGGCCAUGGGACAUUUCGGAUAUUGUGGUGUAUCCAUGGUUUCGGUACCGAAUACAGACCUGGUGUUUAUUGCUUGAGACGAAAACACAAGCUUGUUUUUCGACUCUCACCUCCCCUUCCCCGUAGAGUUUGAUUCAAAUUUGAGAGCCAAGAUGGCCGCCGAUCCCAUGCAGGGGGAUCUCAGGGGGCAUAUGGUCUCGGAACGGCUCGGCCUCGGCCACAACCUGGACCUCUCAGACACCAUGGUGCAGCAGAAGCUGGACGAGAUCCGUGAGCAGAUCAAGCGCGAGAUCCGCAAGGAGCUGAAGAUUAAGGAGGGUGCAGAGAAUCUGCGCAAGGUCACCACAGAUAAGAAGAGGCUCGCUUAUGUUGACAACAUGCUGAAGAAGUCCAACAAGAAGGUGGAGGAACUGCACCAGGAGCUGCAGGAACUCAAUGCACAUAUUGUCGUAAAGGAUCCAGAAGAUGUGCUCUUAGAGUGCCCUCUAACGCCGGAUACCCCCAACGGUGAGGCCAGAACAUACAGUGGCAGCAGCCGUCUGGCAGCCCUGAAGAAACAGAUCGAUAUCGAGCUCAAAGUGAAACAGGGGGCAGAAAACAUGAUCCAGAUGUAUUCGAAUGGUUCCUCAAAGGACCGUAAGCUACUGGCCGCUGCCCAGCAGAUGCUUCAGGACAGUAAGAUGAAGAUCGAGUUCAUUCGCAUGCAGAUCCUCAAGGCAAGCCAGCAUCAUGAGCUCAGCUUCGACAACAAUGACGUCAUCGCCAAGCCCAUCAUCAGUCCCCUGGACCUGCGGGUGGAGGAGCUCUGUCACCAUGCCCGCAUUGAGCAUGCAGUUGCAGAGGGCGCCAAAAACGUCAUGAAGCUCCUGGGAUCGGGCAAACUGGCCGAGAAGAAGACUCACUCCGAGGCCCAAGCUCGCUUUAAUGAAUCCAGCCAGAAGCUGGACUUGCUGAAGUAUUCCCUGGAGCAGAGGCUUUGUGAGCUCCCUAAACACCACCCCAAGAGCAGCAUCAUCGUGGAAGAGCUAGCUCUAAUGUCCUCUCCUGCCCUCAGCCCCCGCCAGAGCCUCAUCUCACCCCAGAACCAGUACAGCACAGUGGCCAAGCCUGCUGCUCUCACAGGCACACUCGAUGUGCGGCUAAUGGGCUGCCAGGACCUGCUGGAGAGUGUUCCGGGCCGAUCCAAGGCCACCACAGUGUCCCUGCCCGGCUGGAGCCCGAGUGACACGCGCUCCUCCUUCAUGAGCCGUGGGAGCCGUAGCCGAGGAACGAGCAGUCGCAGCCUUUCCAAAACAGAUGACCUGUCCAAUGAGAUCAGCGCUGUACUGAAGCUGGACAACACGGUGGUGGGACAGACCAGCUGGAAACCUGUCAGCAAUCAAUCAUGGGACCAGAAGUUUACGCUAGAGCUUGACCGGUCUAGGGAGCUGGAGAUUUCUGUGUACUGGAGGGACUGGCGCUCUCUCUGUGCUGUGAAGUUCCUGAGGCUGGAGGAUUUCCUGGACAACCAGCGUCAUGGCAUGUGUCUGUACCUGGAGCCCCAGGGGACUCUGUUUGCUGAGGUUACUUUUUUCAACCCUGUCAUUGAGAGAAGAACCAAACUCCAGAGACAAAAGAAGAUUUUUUCAAAGCAACAAGGGAAGACAUUCCCGAGGGCUCCACAGAUGAACAUCAACAUAGCCACAUGGGGCCGGCUGGUGAGGAGAGCCAUCCCCUCCGUCAGCAACUCCUUCAGCCCUCAGCAGAUCCCUGAGCUGGCCACAGAAAGCAGCCGUAGCAGUCAGCCCACUUCACCCACCCUCACCAGUGACCCGACGGUGACUAAGCUGAACUUUGAUAAAGACCACACGCCUGGCACGAAGCAUUACUCACUGGUCAGCAUGAGAGAGACGCUCCCGGAACAGAAGAGCCCGAACAAAGAACAAGGCCAGGAUGCCCUGAGCACGUUUGGCUUCCUAAACAACAGGAACAGUAUGGUGGUAAAACCUGACCUCAAAGAUGUCGCAGGGCAUGAGAUUCAGCCACCCGGGUUGGAGAUUAUAGCUGUACAAAAGAACACGGAUAUAAGUUCUAGGGAAGAGGUAGAAGAUGAGGAAGAGGAGGAGCAGUUUCACUUCAGCCUCAGAGACUUUAAAUGUAUUGCAGUGUUAGGUCGCGGACAUUUUGGAAAGGUCUUAUUGGCAGAGUACAGCAACACAGGAGAAAUGUUUGCAAUCAAGGCCCUGAAGAAAGGAGACAUUGUGGCUCGGGAUGAAGUUGACAGUCUAAUGUGUGAGAAGAGGAUCUUUGAGACUGUGAAUAGUGUUCGGCACCCCUUCCUGGUCAACCUGUUCGCCUGCUUCCAGACCAAGGAGCAUGUUUGCUUUGUGAUGGAGUAUGCAGCAGGAGGGGACCUCAUGAUGCACAUACACGCUGACGUGUUCUCAGAGCCACGUGCCACGUUUUAUGCUGCUUGCGUUGUCAUGGGAUUACAGUUUUUACAUGAACACAAGAUUGUGUACAGAGAUUUGAAGCUGGAUAACUUAUUGCUGGACACAGAAGGCUAUGUUAAAAUCGCUGAUUUUGGUCUUUGCAAAGAGGGAAUGGGCUUCCGGGACAGGACAAGCACAUUCUGUGGCACACCAGAGUUCCUCGCUCCCGAGGUCCUCACGGAGACAUCGUACACGCGUGCAGUGGACUGGUGGGGGCUGGGUGUGCUCAUUUUCGAGAUGCUGGUUGGUGAGUCUCCUUUCCCCGGUGAUGAUGAAGAAGAGGUGUUUGACAGCAUUGUGAAUGAUGAAGUCCGCUACCCAAGGUUCCUCUCAACCGAGGCCAUCUCUAUUAUGAGGAGGCUCUUAAGGAGGAACCCAGAGCGGCGACUGGGAGCAGGAGAGCGCGAUGCUGAGGAAGUAAAGAAGCAUCUGUUCUUCCGACAUAUCGACUGGAAUGGAUUACUGGCUAAGAAAGUGAAACCGCCUUUCGUGCCAACCAUUCAGGGUGCCAGUGAUGUCAGUAACUUUGAUGAAGAAUUCACGUCUGAGGCGCCGGUCCUGACCCCACCCAGGGAACCACGCCUCCUCAGCCGUGAGGAGCAGGGCAUGUUUGCCGACUUCGACUAUAUCGCAGACUGGUGUUAGCCACAUUGUCCUGAUUCCCUUCCCUCUACAAAAAAACCAAAACUGUGAAUGUAGCCCUGUAUCACUUUGCUGUUACUUCAUGACAUUUUAGAGAGACAUUCUUAAAGCCCAGUAUUUUUAAAUACUAUAGAGCAAAGUGCUACUCAACAUUCAGAGUUGGAAGAUGUAUCUCUUCAGAUCAGUAUCUCCUGAUUUUUACAGGAGUUUCACACCCCAGACCAUAAAGAAAUUAUGGGCCUAACUCAGUUGUUACCACUUCAGACAUCAGCAUUAAUACCUAAAAUAUUAAUUGUGAGAGGUUUCUCCUCCUUGUACCUAUUGCUUUACUUGGUGAGAAGCUCUUGCUACAAUGCAUUAAUGCACUAUAGGCCAGUUUCUGAGGCCUGGAAUAAGACUCAAUCUAGACUAAAAAGAAUUUCCAAUUUUGAUUCAUCAUUGGCACUACAACUUCAUCCAUGUUUAAUCCAAGUCUGGGAAACCUACCCCAAGUACUUGUGACCGACAGGCUCAUGCUAUAACAGACGCAAUACAUUUAACUUUAAGGCAGUUAUUUUAUAUAUCCAAUCAAAAUUCAUCCUGAAACUCUUCGAUGUUUCUAACCGAAUGGAUUGCUUUGUGCAGUGGGCCUAGCAUAAACAAAAUAAUGUGUAAUGUUUAUUUUUAGGUGGAGUACGAGAUGGUUUGCUUACUGUCCUGAAUUUUAUUAUUUGAAUGUAAUUAGUAGUGUAUAAUAGAGAUGAGCUAUUGUUAUAGGUUUCAAACUGUUUACUUUCCUGGCGAUCACUAUUUGAAUGUAAAAACAAAAUACCAAUGUACAUUAGAGAAAAACAAAGCCAGUGACUAACUUUAUAUACCAUUUUGCAACCUAAUGGGAGAAAUCAUGCCAUUCUGAUUUCUGUUCUCCCCAGUCAUCUCCCUGCAGCAAUAGUAUUACAUUUAUUUUUCAUUAUUUAUCUGCUGCCUUUUUCUCAAAGUUAAGUGCCUGGCUGAAGGUACAGCCACAGUCGUUUGGGAUGAAACCAUGACCUCAGUGUUCAGUCUUCAGCUGUGAAGAACCACAACCUUACAACUCGGGACACUUUCAGUGAAUUUUGGGCCACUGGUAAUCUGUAACCAGGAGCUAUUCUUUCACACAAGGUUAUCUAUGGGAUCUGAAACUAAUCAGUUUCAAAAACAAUGACCUGUCACUGAAUACUUUUCUUUUAAUGUAGCAGUGUAUUAUGAAAAAAUGUAUGGGGUGUCUUCAUUAUCAUAGUUUUUCUGCACAUCUGAGGUGAAAGGUAAAAACUUGUUUGCCCGUCUAUUGUCUACCUGACCAAAAAGCUAAUCUCAAACUAUAUGAAAUUCAAGGUCUUAUUUCAGCCCACAGUGUAGCCUAAACCUUGGGUCAUUAGAGACCAAAAUAUAUUUGUUAUACAUCUUAUACUGACAGCUAAAGCAUCUUAGAAGUGUCAGUUGAAGUUUGUCCCUAGAGGUCUGUCAGUCUGGGUCUGCUUAUUGAUGUAGUCUACCCUAUGUAAAUACAAUGGAACCCAGAAGCACUUGUUCUUUUCUAAAUUAUCAUCUGAAUUUUGAAAGUGGACUGUAGAGGUUUUUACAUCUCACAUGGUUAAGGGAAAGGAAACUAGAGCCUUUCAGUGGUACAGCAGCAUUGAAGACAAAUAUGUUGUAAAUAAAACUUUUGUUAUGAUUGAUGUCCA